AUGAGAUACACCCACGCCUAUAAAAAGCCAACCACACCUAUGUGUAUACGCGAUAUGCCGCCAUCCUAUCAUGCAGAUCAAACUUACAUCAUCUCAAAGAAGGCAGAGGCUAUUCUUUCGACGGUUCUCAUAGACAUACUCGAGGAAUCAUUGGAGGAUGCAAGAAAUCUAGCGGUGACCGCUGGCAAGCACAGUGUGACCCAUAAGGAGAUGGAAAGGUCGCUGAGGAACCUCUGCCUACGUUUGAGUACGGUGCCGGCAUACAACGCGCGAAUUGGCCCCCGGAACAACGACGAGGACAAGGAUUCCGGCAAUUCUUUCAAGGUUUGUCGAAAGGAGAAAGAUUAAAAAAAAAAAAAAAAAGAAAAGAAUAAAAAUUUUCGCUCGAACAUCCAGUUAGAAACUGGAUUGACCCUCGUCGAUAAACGAAAUAGAUUGUUUCAGAAGGUUCACGGCGUCGUUGCAGCACCUCAUCACGCGGUCACGGGGACUGUAGUCACAAAAUAGUGACAAUCUAUCGAAAUCUCCGUUUCCUUCGAUAAUCACAAGCUGCCACGGUGAUCAAUGACGCGCCCAAAAACUUUCGUUAAUGUACAAUUUAUCCCUUAAAUGGUGAUCUUUCGUUUAAUCGAUGUAUCUCUGUAUUUUAUGGGAAAUAAAAAAUGUUUUGAUAUAACGAUCGAAGUCGCGUGACGAAUUUCUCUGCAAUAUUA